AUGUCGAAUAAUGAUUUUAGAUUCAUACAUGAGCAUCAGUUCUCAUACUUGUCUCAACUGAGGUGGUUAGAUUUAAGCAACAAUGCCAUAGACUAUAUUCCAGAUGAUGCCUUUAUCAAUGCUACCAGCUUAGCAUAUAUACAACUUUCAAGCAACAAAAUAACACAUAUAAAGAAAAUACACUUUGAGAGUUGCCCCUUGACAUCUGGUUUGUAUCUAUCUAACAAUGAGAUCGGAUGGAUAGAAGAUGGAUCGUUGAAUCAUGUCACAUCUUCUGGAACAUUCGAUUUCUCCAGCAACAGAUUGUACAAGUUGCCAAUGAACGGAACCUUCCAUGACUUGUCACUGUCAAGUACCAAUGGUUUAAGGCUUGAAAACAACAGAAUAUCUGUCAUACGACCAGACACAUUUAAGGAUGUUAGCUGCUAUACACUAAAUUUGCAAAAUAACAGAAUCUCCCGUAUUGAAUCUGGAGCAUUCCAAGAUGUCACAGCAACUCAUUACUUCAAUCUUGACAACAACAAAAUUAGGGUCAUAGAAUCAAAUGCCUUUAAUACUGUGUCAGCUGGAGCUUCUUAUUAUUAUGGUACCUUUUCAUUUAAUGGAAACCUGUUAGGAGAAAUUCAGUCUUAUGCCUUUAAUGGGACAACCAGUAACGAUUUCCAAAUGCAGAAUUUAAACCUAGGAGUCAUACCAUCUUAUGCCUUCACAGACUUCACUUGCAGAAGAGCUUACUUGCAGUCCAGCUCAAUUACUGAUAUAAAAAAACAUGCGUUUUACAACUUCCGAGCCAAUGACUACUUCUAUCUCAAUAAUAACCAACUGACAACCAUAUCAUCUUCUAUCUUUGGGGGAACAUCUUACGUAGAAUACCUGCAAAUGUACAACAACAGAUUAACCAGUAUAACGUCUGAUGGAUUUCGUAAUGUUGAUGUUGAUUACAUUUACCUACAGAACAAUGAACUAACUGUCUAUCCCAUAGCAUUGAAUGAAAUUACUCCAAUUCAAAUACAUUUGUACAGUAAUGAGAUCAGUAUAAUACCUAAAGGAUCGUUUAACAGUCAGACUAGAUUACAGCACAUUAGAUUUAGGACAAAAGCAUUGGGAGGCCUUAAUCUAGGAGGAAGUGUGAAUUUAGACAAUAAUUUUCUUGGUUGUGAGUGUUCAACAGUGGAAAGUUUGUACAAUGUAAAGGAUGGCCUAUCUGCCAAUACCAUGUGUUACAGUCCUACAGCACUACAAGGUGUUCUGUUUGCCUCAUCACAAUCCAGCAGUCCUGACCACUUCACUAAGAAAGAUGUGGCAUUGUUCCAGUGUAGUGGUGAGAAUAUUGUAGGCACAGCUGUAUCAAGUACAAACAUAACUAUAACAUGGGAUAGACCAUCAUACAUUUAUUCUCUUGUUAAUGCUAGUAAUGAUGAAACUGAAACAGCAGAAAAAGUCACAAACACUAUUGAAACAUGGGAAUAUUUAGUGACAUGCACAAGUAAUACGGCUACAACCCUGACAACAAUACAGACAGUUGUAUUAGAUUUCCCAGAAUGCAUUAUUAAUACACCUUGCAACACUACUGCAGACAACACAACAGCCACAUCAAGUAACUCAACGGCUGUCAAUACCACUGCCACUGACUGUAACACUAUUGACUCAAAUUGUACCAAAUCAACUGAUCAUACUACAUCUGUGUCGUUUAGUGAUGUGGAUGGGUUACUUCCCCUGACUUUAUAUGAAUGUGUUAUUGAGUUGACAGUAGACAACUAUACCAGUGCUAAGAGUUUACCUACAUUUAUAUUUACUCCAGCUGUAAUCACAGGUACUGGAAAUGAAACAACAGAAAACAACGUUACAACAAACACCAAGGACAUCAACAUGGACAUGACCUUUUACGAUUUUAGUGCAGGUCAUGAUGAUUUCAGCUCUACCAGUGGGAUAUUGUCCAUUAGUCCAUUCCAUGUGACCAGUCCACUUGGUUCCUGGCUGGCUAUUUCCAAUGAUCCAACUGUCGAUACAUUCUCUGAUUGGUUUAGAUCGGCAUCAUCUAAUAUUGUAGUUCUAGGGGGAAUAACUCUAUCUUAUGACAACAGUACUACUACUUCUGUUGUUAGAAGAUUUUACUCUGGUUCCUUCUUUCCUGUGGAUAAUUCUGGUUAUGGAGCAGAAGGUCAGACAGAUUGUGGUGGAACACUUCAUAACUUUGCCUUCACAUCAGCCAUAAGAAGUGGUAUAACCUUCAGUGGGUCAGAGGUCAUAACCCUGGGUGGUGGAGAAGAAUUGUGGUUGUUUAUAAACAAAAAACUGGUCAUUGAAAUUGUAAAAAAUAGAACAACAUCUGAUGUACCUUGUCAGAAAAUAGAUUUAUCAACAGCAAAUGGAGGAGGCUAUGUUAUUCCAGAAGCAGGUGUUUUAGUAAAUGGAGAUUGUGUUGGGUUAUCUCCCCUCACAAGUGCAUCUGUAUAUGUAGAACUAGAGGUAGGAGAAACAUACCCAUUUGAGAUUUUCCAUGCAGAGAGACAUCCUUGUACAUCAGAGUUAUUUAUACAGUUUGAGAAUGUAGAUCUACCAGAGAAUGGAUCAUUGCCAUUUAAUUAUCAUCUUACUCCCAGGGAAGAUCUUCAUGUCAAUGGAAUUGUGGGAAUUUUUAAUAUCUGGGAUAUUUUUGCUACAGGUCCAUCAUUUCAAGUGGAAUUAUUAUCAGGAAAUGAAGCAAGACAUUUUACUCUAAAGGAAGACACAAUAGCCAAUAGAAAUGCUGCUACUACAGUAACUCCACCUACUUAUGAAUAUGUAUUUGUCAAAGGCACAAAUGUGUCAUACGUUGAAUGUGCCCCCGAAGUAUUGAUUCCUGAACCGAAUACACCUGGAUCAGAAAUGUUUACAAUAAGUACCAGUCAAGUAUUGUUGACCUUGGUAACAGAAUUAGACUAUGAAGUGGAACAAACUUACACUCUUACUUUGAGAGUAGCAGAUACAGGCUCAAGGCUGACUGGUUCCCUUGUCAUAAGGGUCAUUGUACAAGAUGUGAAUGACAACUGUCCAAGUUUAACCAGUAUAUCGUACAUCACACCACGACCUAUACUACAGUUAGAUCCUUUGUUUAAUGUACAGUCACAGGAUUCCGACAGUGGGAUCAACGCUGAGAUACAGAUCUACAUAUCACCUGUAAUAUAUGAAAGUCCACCAGUAGAUUUUAGCUACAUUUCUGAUAUCAGACGUCAGGUGUACAAUGGUAGCACAGAACUUACGUUAGAGAUAAUUGGGAUAGAUCAGGGGACACCACCCAGGGGUAGUGCUGUCAACGUUACAGUCAAUAUCAGUAACACUUGUCUGAUAGAUGAGUUAUUGGACAGAACCAAUAUGUUAUUUACAGUGAACCAAUCAUCUGGUGAUGUCUACCUCAGAAUACCAGGGUAUUGGGUCAUUAAUUAUACCUGCAUAGAUUAUAUUGGUAUAUAUAAUGGUUUAAUAAGAGAUGACCAGAUGACUGCAUCGUCAUCCAGGAGUAAACUGACGCUACCAGACAGAGCCAGAUUGGAAAAUAAUGCAUCUGAUCCUGUGUUUGGUCCUCUUGCUGGAGGAUGGGUGGCAGGAACCAACGACCUUGACCAACAUAUAGAGGUCAACAUGGAAGAAUUCUAUCAGAUUAAACAGAUACAUUUACAAGGUCAGCAAGAUGAAGCUAAUUGGGUGACAGCUUUCAGAGUUUAUUAUGUUGAUAAUACAACAGGAAACUGGACACUUUACAAAAAUGAUGUAGGGGAAUUUAUAUUUCUUGGUAACAAUGACCAGGACACUAUAAGGACUACAGAUCUUAACCCACCAAUAGUGUCUCAGUAUAUCAGAAUUAACCCCAGGAAUUGGACAAACAACAUUGGAUUAAGGAUGGAGUUGUCUGGAUGUCCUCUAGCACUACAGUAUUAUUAUGAUACCAGCUGUGAGAGGUGUUAUACCUCCUCUUAUUGCCUUGGUGAUGGAGAAACACAUAUGUGUGGACGAUGUGAGAAUGGCACUGCCCCAUGUGAUAGAAGUCCUACAGAACAUUCAUUUGGUGCACAGUCAGAGUGUUCAUCUUGUCUGGAUGGUUGGAUAUGUAAGGAUGGUUAUGCCACACCAUGUGCUAAUUAUACAUAUGUAUUGGGAUGUAAUGAUACAUACUGCCCUGACACAUGUACACUGUGUGAGCCUGGAUAUGCCUGUAGAGGUGGACAGAGAUACAUCUGUCUUCCAGGAACUUAUUCUAAGGGCUCUGAUGAAUUUUGCACCAUAUGUACAGAAGGAUUAUAUCAGGAUGAGGCGGGCCAAUCAGCGUGUAAAAAAUGUCCGUCUGGUUACUAUAGCAGCAAGUCAAAAGACCGCUGUAAUGUAUGUGAUGUUGGAUCCUAUAGUCUAGGUGACGGGAAAGUAGGAUGUAUUGCCUGUACUAGUACUACAGAAUGUCCUUGUAUGGGAAAUACAGCCUGUUUUGAAGCUGGGGGUAAUAGAGCAGGGUGUAUCAACAAAGGAGCAGGGAGUUAUGAAUGUCUAGACUGUCCAGCAGGAUUUAUUGGUGAUGGAGUGACCUGUGCUGAUAUAGAUGAGUGUGUAUUACAUCUUCCUUGUUGGAACAAAUCAGCCUGUAUUAACACAGUACCUGGUUACCAAUGUUUAGCAUGCCCAUAUGGAUAUACUGGUACCUAUGAAGAUGGACUGGCAUGGAAUAAUACAGUCAGAGUGUUUGAGCUAAUGAACCAAGAGUUAGCUCCCUUACAGAAACAGAUUUGUGUUGACAUAAAUGAGUGUCUGACAGAUAACGGGAGAUGUGAUCCAUUGUCUCCAUGUGUUAAUACUAUAGGUAGUUACUAUUGUGGGUUUUGUGCAGAAGGGUAUGCUGGUAUACCAAGUAUCAACUGUUACUCUUCAAACUACUGUCAGACUGGACAACACACCUGUUCACAGUAUGCUACCUGUAUUUACCUAGGACCAGGAGAGUAUUCUUGUGAGUGUAACAUUGGAUACACAGGUACUGGUAAAUACUGUGGUUUAGAUUCCGAUUUAGAUGGACACCCAGACAUAACAUUACCAUGUACAGACUGGGGUUGUUAUCGGGAUAAUUGUCGAAUGAAACCAAAUUGUGGACAAGAAGAUGCUGAUGGAGACAGAAUAGGUGAUGAUUGUGAUAGUGACUCUGAUAAUGAUGGUACUAUCGAUCCUUUAGAUAACUGUCCGUAUGUACAUAGUUGGGAUAGAACAGAUACUGACAGCGAUUCAGUGGGUGAUAUAUGUGAUAACUGUCCGUCCGUCACUAACACAGAUCAGAUUGAUACAGAUAAAGAUGGAGUUGGUGAUGCUUGUGAUACAGAUGAUGACAAUGAUGGUAUUAUAGAUGGUACAGAUAAUUGUCCAUUGACAACCAAUCCAACACAAGUGGACUCCGAUGGUGAUAACAUUGGUGAUGUUUGUGAUAAUUGUAUAAGUAUAGGAAACCCUGCCCAGACAGAUACAGAUCAGAAUGGAUAUGGUGAUAGCUGUGAUCCCACUAUCAAUAAGGACAGAGAUGGAGACAGUGUACUUGACAUCAGUGACAAUUGUCAGGAGGCAGCUAAUGGUGAACAGACAGAUACAGAUGGGGAUGGUAUAGGUGAUGUUUGUGAUCCUGAUUUAGAUGGUGAUGGUAUAAACAACUCUGAUGAUAAUUGUCCGCACCUACACAACCCUCUACAGGCAGAUGUCAACGGAGACCAGGUUGGUGAUGAUUGUGUAGUAGACUCUGAUGGGGACGGUAUAGACGACAGUAAUGAUACCUGUCCAUAUAACAAAUAUAUAUCUACAACUUCCUUCUCUGAUCAUUUCUCUGUUGAUCUGUAUCCUGGUUACAGUAUAGAACCUCAAUGGAGAGUAAAGGCAGUAGGCAGGGAGAUAUACCAGUUAGCUGAUACUAUGAAACCAGUCAUGUUAAUAGGUGAGCAGACAUAUGGUUCUAUGAAAUACAGUGGAACUGUUUAUGUACCAUCAGAUAAGGGAGAUAACUUCAUUGGAAUAGUGUUUGGUUAUGUAAACAAUAGGAAGUUUUAUCUAUUGUCAUGGAAACCAACUAAUUACAACUUUGAAACUACAACUUUUCAGACUGGUGUUAAAGGACUCAAUUUAAAGGUAGUGAACUCCAAUACUGGUCCUGGACAAACAUUAGCUUAUGCUCUGUGGCACAGUAGUACAACAGUGAAUCAGGAUACAGUAUUAUGGCAGGAUGGUAACAUGACAAGAUGGAGUAAUUACACAUCUUAUAAAUGGUUCCUAUGGCAUUAUACUGAUUUAAAUAAGAUCAGAUUCCAAUUGUAUGAUGUAAAUUCAAUAUUAGCUGACAGUGGUGACAUCUAUGACACCAGUAUAACUGGAGGUCGUGUUGGAGUGUACCAGUUUGGCCAGGAAUCAGUUCUAUGGUCGGAUUUGAAGGUCCAGUGUAUCCCCAGAGACAAUAAAGCUUUGUAUCUGGAUGGAGUGGAUGACUAUAUCGUGCUAACCAAUAUCACCCGUUUAGACAUUUAUCAAAGUUUUUCUAUUGGACUGUGGAUAAAGAUAGACUCCUUGGCAGGGGGUGAUAUGCCAUUAUUUUGUACAGACACUAGAACUAUAUGUCUAUGGUUAGAUGGAGGUGUUGUACAUGGAUCUUAUGGAAACAAUACAGUUACAUCAACAUCCAAUAUUAAUACAAACCAAUGGAUCAGUUUAUUGUACAUAUAUGAUGAAUCAGAAUACUCGAUGACUUUGUAUGUGAAUGGAAUCUCAGCUGGUGUAACUAGUGAUGUUACCCCUAUUGAUCUCACACAAUAUACCACAGAUGAAGAUACUUUAUUUUACCUCGGGAAAGACACAAAUAAUUUCUAUAAAGGUUAUGUUGAUGAGUUUGUUUUUUAUAAUGUGGCACUGUUGGGAACAGAGAUUAAUGAUCACAUCCAUUUACCUUCAAUCACAAAAUAUCCAACAUACCACAGAUAUGGGCAGCUAUACUAUAAAAUGGAUCUGACUACUGGUACCCUGUAUCUGAAAGAUGAGGGAUUACUUGAGGUACCAGGUCAAAUACAUGGAAGUCCUAUUUUUGAAGAUAGCCUCCAGGAUUAUAGCAGAUUUAAUUUGGAAUAUCCUGAUAAUUAGCAAGGAAAUUGGUUUAUAUGAAUAUAAAGGAUAGAAGUUCCAGAAGAAAAUAUCAACAAAUUUGAGAGAGAUGAUACUAUGGGCCACAGCAAUUAACAUUGUUUGAUGAACUGUUAUUAGAUAUAUAUAUUGAAUAAAAUAAAAAUGAAACUGUGAUAUAUGUUAUAUUUUUAAGGUUAUUUUUUAUAAUGUUGAUCGUUAUACAUUUUU